CCAUUAUAACAAUAACAGUAAUUCUUCAUUAUCAAGAAAUAAUCUUACACUUAUAUAUAAAUUGAAAAAUUUAUUUAUACAACAUUUGUACAAUAGUAUGCUUGUUGAAGACAAAGACAUAAAUAAUAUCAACUCUGAAAAAUCCUUAGAUCAGCUUAUACCAGCUAUAUUACUUUCUGGAUUUGGAAAUUUAGUUUUCAGAAGAUCAUUUAUGCGACGAAAUGGACGUUUAGAUUAUACAUUUAUUAACGAUGCUGGAAUAAAAGUUGUACAUCAUUCAGAAAGUGUAAAUUAUAAUAAAGAUAAAGAAAAUGAGUUAUUAACCUAUUUUAGAGAAGGUAGAUCUCUUGACCAUGAUGUUGUAAUGCUUAAUAAAUCUUCAUAUGUCCCUCCAAUAUUUGCUGUGUUGUUUUUUAAUGGUCAAGCAUCAUUUAAGCAUGAUGGACACAACAAUUGUUUGAUAUACAUACAAAAUGGAAAGCGUGUUAAUAUUUCUUGUUCUAAAGGUGAUUGGGAAAUGUUAUUAUUGCUGAGAAACAUAAUAAGGAGUUUUAUUGAUUUUUUAAUGGAGACAUAUGGACAUUAUGAAACUAAUGAUCAAUGUUUUGAUGAAAUUAUGAAUUUCCGUGAUUCCUUGUGUUCUGUCUUGUGUAAACUUGUUGAAAAAUAAUUUUUUUUAAUCUCAUAGUUUUGUAAAUGUUAUUAGUUUAUAGACAGUU